UCAAGACAUGGAUGCAGUGACUUUUGAUGAUGUGCAUGUGAACUUCACUUCAGAAGAGUGGAAUUUACUUGAUCCUUCCCAGAAGAAUCUGUAUAAACAUGUGAUGCUGGAGACCUACUGGAACCUCACAGUUAUAGGUUCUUAUUGGGAAGACCAACAUAUUAAAGAACAAUGUCAAACUUCUGGAAGUCAUGAAAGGCAUGUAAGAAGUCAUAGUGAAGAGAAACCCUAUGAAUAUAAUCAAUGUGGUAAAGCCUUUGCAAGACCCAGUGAUCUCCAAAUACAUAAAAGAAAACAUACUGGAGAGAAACCUUAUGAAUGCAAUCAAUGUGGUAAAUCCUUUUCAUAUAACAGUGAUCUCCAAAGACAUAACAGAACUCAUACUAGAGAGAAACCUUAUGAAUGUAAUCAAUGUGGUAAAGCCUAUUCAUGUUCCAGUACUCUCCAAUAUCAUAAAAAAAUACAUACUGGAGAGAAACCUUAUGAAUGUUAUCAAUGUGGUAAAGCCUUUGCAAAACCCAGUCAACUCCAGAUUCAUAAACGAAUACAUACUGGAGAGAAGCCUUAUGAAUGUAAUCAAUGUGGUAAAGCCUACUCAUGGUAUGGUAGUCUCCAAUAUCAUAAAAAUAUACAUACUGGAGAGAAACCUUAUGAAUGUAAUCAAUGUGGUAAAGCCUUUGCAAAACUCAGUCAUCUCCAGAUACAUAAACGAAUACAUACUGGAGAGAAACCUUAUGAAUGUAAUCAAUGUGGUAAAGCCUUUGCAAGACUGAGUCAUCUCCAGUCUCAUAAAAGAACACAUACUGGAGAGAAACCUUAUGAAUGUAAUCACUGUGGUAAAGCCUUUGCAUAUCUCCAUAGUCUGCAAUAUCAUAAAAGAACACAUACAGGAGAGAAACCUUAUGAAUGCGAUCAAUGUGGUAAAGCCUUUGCACAGCGCAGUAAUUUUAAAUAUCAUAAAAGAACACAUACUGGAGAGAAACCUUAUGUAUGCAAUCAAUGUGGGAAAGCCUUUGCAUGUCACAGUACUUUCCAAUAUCAUAAAGUAACACAUACUGGAGAGAAACCUUAUGAAUGUAAUCAAUGUGGUAAAGCCUUUGCAACACCCAUUUAUCUCCAAAGACAUAAAAUGACACAUACUGGAGAGAAACGUUAUGAGUGUAAUCAAUGUGCUAAAACCUUUUCAUGUCACAGUAGUCUCCGAAGACCUAAAAUAACUCAUACUGGAGAAAAACCUUAUGAAUGUAAUCAUUGUGGUAAAGCCUUUGCAAGAUCCAGUUAUCUCCAGGAUCAUAAAAGAACACAUACUGGUGAGAAGCCUUAUGAACGUAAUCUAUGUGGUAAAGCUUUUACAGUAGCCAGCAAUCUUCAAUAUCAUAAAAGAACACAUACUGGAGAGAAACCUUAUGAA